AUGAAAAAAUUUAGUCGAAGCUGGUCAAUUUCGUCUACUAAUAAUAAGAAUGCUCUCUCAAAAACAUUGAACAAAUCAAGCAACCAUGAAAGUGAUUAUCUUGAUUUGAAGCAAGUUAGUUUCGAGAAACCAGUCAGCUGGAUUCUCGUGAAACAAUUAAAAGAUGAAGGAGAAAUAGCGCCAGACAAACUUAUCUAUCUAAACGAUCUGUACGGAUCACUGGUGAUUCCAAGAAUUUAUUUGGGAAGCCGACACGCGGCACUAGAUAAAGAUUGGUUGACUGACCAUAAUAUCACACAUAUUCUCACAGUAGCUCAUAAUUUAAAGCCUGCUUUUCCACAGGAAUAUGCAUAUAAAGUGAUACGAAUUAGAGACAGCCCAAACGAAAAUAUUCUUGAACAUUUCGAUUCGUGUCAUCAAUUUAUCGAGAAAGCAUUAUCAGAUGAAAGGAGCAAUGUUUUGAUUCAUUGCCAGGCGGGAAUUUCACGCAGUGCUUCAGCAUUAACUGCAUAUUUAAUGAAAUCACAAAAAAUGCAAUAUGACAAAGCACUUACUUUAGUCAUGUCGAAACGAUCCUUUGUCUGUCCGAAUUUGGGAUUUCGAUAUCAGCUACAACUGUACGAGAGAUUAGGCUGUAAUCAACCCAAAAAACAUCUUCAAUAUUGGAAAUUCUUGAUUCAGCUCCGAGGAAGAGCAUUGGUCGAGUAG